AUGGUCAGAUUUCUUUAUGCUGGCUUUCCUGCCCUGUUUCCGGCGGAAGUCGCACGUUGUACAGACUCCGUUGCUUUUGCUCGCGCCGUGGAUGCCACGAAGCCGAAGACCAAGAUUCAGAUCCGCUUCCACGAUGGCACACGAAAGGCCCAGGAGUUCAACGAGGACCAUACUGUGGGCGACCUCCGAGGCUUCUGUGCCCAGUGUGUUGGUGGGCAGGCCAUGACCAUCAUGGGUGGCUUUCCUCCCAAGGCCCAGGGACGGACAAAGGGGGAGUGUAAUCUUGGGAGAGUUUUUAUUCGCGUCACAUGA